GGGGCUGUAGUGACCGCGCCGCUCCUGCUGGGGGGCUGCCCACGCCAAGGUCCUGCCUCUGUCGCGUCCUCUCCCAAACUCCCAGUGUCCCUGGCCAGGACAUCCCCCAAGAUGACAGACGAGAGCAGCAGGACCAGGGAAUGUGUGUCCUUCAGCGUGCUGAACUGGGACCAGGUUAGCCGGCUGCACGAGGUCCUGACCGAGGUCGUCCCGGUCCAUGGCCGAGGCAACUUUCCGACCUUGGAGAUAACUCUGAAGGACAUUGUUCAGACCGUCCGUGGCCGGCUGGAGGAGGCAGGCAUCAAAGUGCAGGACGUCCGGCUGAAUGGCUCUGCAGCUGGCCACGUCUUGGUCAAAGACAACGGCUUGGGGUGCAAAGACCUGGACCUCAUCUUUCACGUGGCUCUUCCAACGGAGGCAGAAUUUCAACUGGUCCGAGACGUGGUUCUGUGUUCCCUUCUGAACUUCCUGCCCGAGGGCGUGAGCAAGCUCAAGAUCAGCCCCAUCACUCUCAAGGAGGCCUAUGUUCAGAAGCUGGUGAAGGUCUGCACCGACACGGACCGCUGGAGCUUGAUCUCCCUCUCCAACAACACCGGGAGGAACGUGGAGCUGAAAUUCGUCGACUCCAUCCGGCGCCAGUUCGAGUUUAGCGUGGACUCUUUUCAAAUCAUCCUGGAUUCUUUGCUUGUUUUCUACGAUGACCCCGAUAACUCCAUUUCUGAGCACGCCCACCCCACGGUGAUCGGGGAGAGCAUGUAUGGGGACUUUGAGGAAGCCUUUGACCACCUGCAGAACAGACUGAUCGCCACCAAGAACCCCGAGGAGAUCCGGGGCGGGGGGCUUCUCAAGUACAGCAACCUCCUCGUGCGGGACUUCAGGCCCACAGACCAGGAAGAAAUCAAGAGUCUGGAGCGUUACAUGUGCUCCAGGUUUUUCAUCGACUUCCCAGACAUCCUCGAACAGCAAAGGAAGCUGGAGACCUACCUUCAAAACCACUUUGCCGAAGAAGAGAGAAGCAAGUACGACUACCUCAUGACCCUUCGCAAGGUGGUGAAUGAGAGCACCGUAUGCCUCAUGGGGCAUGAACGGAGGCAGACCCUGAACCUCAUCUCCCUCCUGGCCUUGCGCGUGCUGGCAGAACAAAACAUCAUCCCCAAUGCCACCAACGUCACCUGUUACUACCAGCCAGCUCCUUACGUCAGUGAUGGCAACUUCAACAACUACUACGUUGCCCAUCCUCCAGUUACCUACAGCCAGCCUUACCCUACCUGGCUGCCCUGUAACUAACCUUGAGACCUAAGGGUGUCCGCAGUGGGAGACCCUGAUAGGGCAAGGGCUCUCAGGUAGGGGAGCCUCUUUCUAGAUGUAGGUGUUUGGCUUUUAAAGGGGAACUCAGCUCUGAUUCUGCCUUUUUUUUCUCCCACCCACGUCCUUCUGUGUACCCAUUGGUAAGGGUCUGCAGUGUAUCAUGAGCCAACAGUAAAGGGACCCGUCUUUCAGCACCACUUUGGAAAAUGCUAGAGGAAGAAUGGCAUACCCACAUGCUUCCAAACUGGACACCAACACGCCGUGCCCCACACAUGAACAUGUGGGGAUGGAAAUCUGUGUCAUUGAGAUUGGGGAAAGCUCGGCCGGUGCCGGAGAGGUGUCGAGCUAAUUGGUUCGCCUUCUCAAGGUAGCCUGGAGUCAUUGGCUGUGUCUGCCCUCCCUGGGGAUUCUUGGCAGGGCAGUUACAGAAAGUUGUGCUGAUAGUCUGUUUUCUUGUAUCCACUUUAAGCAGACGUAACAUAGUGAACCCGAGGGUACCCUAGUGAUUUACUUUUUCUUCAAGGGAUUUAGGUCUAUCCCAGCAGCAGAGCUGAGGGUUCCCGUCAUCAGUAACCCAAAGGCAACAGCUGGAGAAUUGAGAUCUGGUUAGAAGUGGCUUAUGGUUUAGAUGUUGCGCUGUUGUGCAAAGAAUUGUGUGAAACUGCUAAGAGGAAGAAAAAAUUAAAAAAAGUUUCCUGAAAUGUAACUUGAAAGAAAACUAAUAAAAUAAAAUGUGGAGCCUAGUAUUUUGGUGGUGGGGGGUUGACUAAGUAGGAAACGUGAGAGUGCAUCACCCCCUCCCCCCCACCCCACCUUUGUUCUUUAGAGUAAGGAGUUUGUAUUGAAUGACUUCCCCUCAUCAGCUCUUUUCAUGGCUGACUGUUUGUGAUCGGGGAUUGUGCUGAGUCUGGCGUCCUGACAUGCUGGCAACUGACAUGAGGGUCUUCCCAUGUUUUCAUUGGAAACCCUAUAUGGUUGCACCCUAAUAUAGGACAAGUUUUUAAACCAAAUUAUUAAAAAAUGAAAACAAGUGUGAUUUCCUCCCCUAGGUGUGUGUGUAUAUAUGUGUGUGUUGCUUUUUCUCUUUCACAUGACAGCAAAUGAAUUCCGGAAUUUCAGCAGACCUGGAUGCCCGUGGAGUGCCCUGGCUUCAGAGUGCUAACCUGCUGCCUCUGGGCUGGUGUGUCUUGGAGCAACUGAGGCACACUGGAUGAUCAUGUGGAACGAUGGAUUCUAGUGUAGCUGGGAAAACCGAGUGAAUGAGUGAUCGUCCUUAUUCCAGUAGAUUUGGUCCAUGCUUGCUUGUCCAGUACUUUUGAAGAAAAACAGUGUUAAUCUCUAGUCCAGAGCAAGCUUGCCUGAGUGGGAGAGAGCUAGGCUAAUCUUGCAUUCCUCGUAGACUUAGAAUGAGGGGUUUUGUGUGUCAGUGUUUUGUGGGAUCUCUUAGAAAGCAUCACUUUUUAGAGUAUCAAGGGCAAAGACACUUAAACUAUUGCCAGCUUGGUUUUUAAAGUUACUACUUAAUCAAACUCAUGCUUCUGAUUUCGGCUUUCCUCUGUGAUCCUGCAAAUUCCCGUCCUCUGACCCCGGUGGCUGUCCUCCGCAAGGUAGGCAGUGCAGUUAGCUUGAAGACAGGCUUUGCAGAAACGAGCGUUUUGCUAUUUUUCGGGAGACAUGCGUUUACAUCGCUUCUGGGAUGUGGUGCCGUGGUCCGCCUAGAUGUAAGCUGAUCAGAAAUGACUGAGGUCCAAGACUUGGCUGGUGUCCAGGUGGUGUGACGAAGCCUCUUGUCAGUGUAGCCAGGUCCUGUGCCCUGUGAAGCCUCAGUUGUAUUUGGAUUCGCUUUGAGUCAAGACCAGCUCUGCAUGGUGUGUGGGUCCCAAGGGUGUGUCCUUGUUUAAAGGGGAAGCAGAUCCUAAUGAAGAGCGAAUGCCGACUUCCCAAACACCCUGGUCAUCCAGGAAUGACAUCUUGACAUAUUUGUUGAACCAAAGUUUUGAAAUGUGAUGGAGCUGUUCAGCGUAAGCACUUGCUAGCUUGUUUCUCACAGAAACCAGUAUUGCGUCUACUUAGAGGGCUUGUGGAAUCAGGGUAAUGAGAUGCUGGUUGAAGAUAGGGUCAGAUGGCAUCGAGUAAUUAAAAGUUCUAGUUUGUCCUCAAAGUUCUUUCUGCUUAUUUAUAUAGAGAAUUUUUUUUUCUUAUCUGGUAAUAGUCCUUAAGAAAAACACAGAAGUGGCGAGAGAUUUCCAGCUGUCUGAUUCUAUACCCCAUCGAGGGAGGGCCGCCUGCCCAUCACCGGGCUUGCCAUCUUGGUAGCUCUUUACCUGCACUUUCCUUCAGCUCAGCAGCUUCUGUAGUUGGAGAGUGGACAAGGCUGCCUGCAGUUCGGGACACCAUGCCACUGGCCAACAUUGCACUUUGAAAACAGCCCAUGGCCAAAUGGGUUCUCCACUUCCUCCAGGAAUCUUCUGCCAGUCUUAGAUUACACCAGGUAACUUAGCUUGGGGGGGGUGUGUGUCCAGGAAUUCCAGCUUGUCCUUCCCUUCCCUGUCCCUGCCCCUGUCCACGCACCAAGCCCGGGGUGUGAGGGGGUGGUGUAGCAUGGGCUUGGCAGUGGCAGACAGCACUAAAAUUCAAGUAACAUGACCCAGUCUGUAUGGAAGCAGUCUCUCAUUUACUUUCAGGACUCUGAACCAUUUUCGGGUGCUUUUUAGAAGUAGACAGCCUAUUAUCCCAGCUUGCAGCCUGGAAUCAGGUUCAAGGGUAUCGAUUCAAAUGGUACCUUGUUCUCCAUGUAUUGGUAGAUGAGUACACACUAAGUUUUGGCCUUGAACUUCAGUCUCGCCCUUGGCAAGGAGACUUUGUUCCUCACUCACCAAAUUCAACUCUUGAAACCAAGCUCAUGGUUUCACCAGUGCCUUCCUUCGAGAGCGCUUGCUUACUUACGACUGCAGGUGGGUUGACAUGGCCCAGGCCGGGAGGACCCAAUUGAUGUGUGGGUUUGGAGGAGUUGGGUCGAUGGCUGGUUCUUGUUAAAUGGUACAGAUGUAGUUUGGCAUUCGUGUGUGUGUGUGUGUGUGUGUGUGUGUGUUGGGUUUUUUUUGCAUUUUUUUUUGGUCACCCCCACCUCAAGUUUGAUUUUCCUUGGGGAUUUGAGCUACAGCCAGCUGUUCAUGAAACCUGAAUUUUGCAGUGGCACCUUAAUCACAUUGCUGAAGAUCUGAUGCUACUUGUCCUUGACCACCCCCUCUAGCCUCUUACCUUCGUGGUAGGUUGGCGUUUUAACUAGUACCAUUUUUAUUCGCCUUGGGGAAGUGGUGCCGCUCUAUAAAGCAGCCCCCCUGGCUUUAGGAAUAACUCCUGUCUGGCUCACUUUUGGGGACUGGUGCCUCAUCUUAGGGUGAAAACCCUUAGGUUCUUUGUUGGAGCGCACCUGCCCUCUCCUAGUGAGUGAAUUAAAAAAGUUAUCCAACAUUUAAUAAAAGCAAAAAACACCCAAUACCCUUACAUUCUCAGGGGCCCUUUCUUCCUGUCUAGGGCUCUCUGCUAGGGAGAAGCCUUUGGGUGGUUUCUGGAAGUUGAGAGAAUUGCGAGUUCCCAAGGUUAGAUUCCUAUCUGUAGUCUGGCAGAGACCAAAAUAUCACCGACGCCACUGGAGUAUAUUCCAGUUCAACCAACUACUCCAGGGUACCCAGGGAGCUAUGUAGGGGGAAAUACUCAAAACCAAAUCAAACCAAAAAUGUCAGCUUUUCAGAAUUAUUUAUGACUUGUAAGGUGAGGAUCAGGAAAGAAAUGGGUCAUUUUAUGCAUUCAAGUGCCUGAAUCUUGUUUACCUAUCACUUUUUAAAGACAUAGCUUAAGUGUAAGAUGAAAAUGUUUGGCGUUUUGCUUGGGCUAGUGAGAGUUGGUACAAAUCUCCCUGUGUGUUUGUGGAAGAAGGUGAGAAAGACCAUCCACUACAGAGGAAGUAGUUAAAAUAAGUAUCUGUGGGCUUUAAAAAAUUCUUUUUAAUUUAUCUUUUUUCUUUUAGUAGUGUUUAAAACUGCAUUUAAUUUUCUAAAGCAAUGAUUGAUUUUCAAAUUAUUUCAGAUGAAAAGAUACCCAUUAGAACCAAUCGGAAACUUUUUCAUCAUUCUCGAUUUGCUUCUAGUUCUUAGCAGUGCCUAAGACGCCUGAGCGGUCCUCUUGGUCAAUGGUCACUGACCUUCUUUCUUACUUGAUGCCAAUGAAAUCCCUUGUCAAUGCAAAAUGUGCUAGAACUUGAUAUGAAAUAAAGCUUUGUGGUUGAGAAAUAAAAUGUGUCAUAAAAAAACCCAAA